UCUCUGUGCCACGUAUACGUCCAUGAGCUACUUCGUCGUCCAGUCUCCGUUGGCAAUGACUCUAAUGUCACCAUAUAUAAAAAUCUUCUGCCAAUAUGAUAUAUAGAAAGUGCACUGUUCUCACCUGAUGUAGAUCACUAAAAAUCUUGCGAUAGAUUUCCCAUAUUAGUCGAGUUUUGAUAUAUUGAUUUUAAUUAUCAGCGUAGAUCUAAAAUAAUCCCAACCUUUCCAAAUUUGGCUUCCUUUCAGCCUCAGCCGAGAUAGCAGAAAUCUGGAGUGCGUUGUCCAAAUUGAUAACCAUGUGAUAACGCGAAUUGCUCUUCCCGACAACGAGCGGGCGAGGAGCGAGACAUCUCUAGGGUUUCUGCUAGGGUUUGCAAGAGUCAAUCGAUUCGUCAAUCAUGGCGUCCGUGGCUGCUGCUGCUGCGAAGAAGGAAUCAGCUUGAGGAGCAUGGACGGGCAGCGCGUCGAGGUGGAGUCGUCCAGUCGGAGACAUAGCCCACAUGACCGUGGACGGGUCCUCGCCGGCGGGGACCUCGCCAAGGUCCUUGAGUACUGCAGCAAGCACGCCGGGAACUCCGCCGCCGGCGAAGCCGAGCUCAAGGCUUGGGACACCGAGUACGUCAGCAUUGCCGCCAACGUCCUCUACGAGCGCCUCCUGGAGCCAUAAUAUGAUAGUGAGCCAUCAACAUAUAGCAUAUCCAAACUGUUUGUCCUAUAAAGUUCUGCAGGCACAGCUCAUGAGGCAAGACGUAGAGCAAUGCAAAACUUUCUCCUGCAAAAGGGACCGCCAUCUUUCUGGCUCAAGACGUUUUUCUUCUCUCCCAGCGCUUGCAGAUAGGAGAGUUGUUUCAUGUAGCAAAGUGGAUAGUCUCUGGCAGCUGGUGAUGUUUUUAGAUGGGGAACAACAUUGUAUUUCCAAUUUAUUUCUUACUGUUGGAGUUAUAUUUGGUAUGCAGCCAAAGCUCUACUUAUGCUAAGGCCUGAACACACUACCUAUAUAUCAUUGAGAUGUUUAUUGGGUCAUGAUAUAUGUAAUAACUCAGGCAUCCAUUUUAAAUACA